AUGAUUGGCCGUGUACUGACACAGGAUUGUUCAUCUCCAGCGAGAACCCGCGAAACAUUUGCUAAAUAUCUGUCAUGUAUGAAGCAAACUCUCGAUGAGAACUACGGACUGUACGAGAAUGAAUUUCGAGAACAUAGCAGAAGAGCAGCUCUCACAUGCUUCGCCCCUACUAUUGAAGAAGGUAAUCGGAAAGAUCGUUGCGUUCUGAGUGCAAACGAUUUGAAUCAAGUCGCAUGGGAUCGGCAUGGACCGCUCAGGGAUUGCACCCUAUGCAGAACGUUUGCUUCCGGAGCUCUCAAAGCGUUUAAAUCGACUCCGCCUGAGGAACAAAAGUGCAUUCGUACCGAAAUGUCGAAAGCAAUUGUACGCGAAGCAGACUACUGCGUUAAGAAACAAAUACCUGGAUUCGUCGGGUUACCUGAAUUACCGGACAUCGAGGAGAAGUCCUAUACUUACAGAGAUUCUGUGAUUACUUCUCUCUCCAAUCAUAUUAUCAUCCUUUCUCGUCUGAGUUUCUGUAAGGAACGCAAACCCACUCGUGCAGCAAACACCAACAGCUGCCUACGUAAACCGUUUCCCGACUAUCUCAGUGAACACUGUAAAGUGUUCACGAAAUGCGAUUCGCUUAUUGCCGUUGGAUCAUGUGCCAGGACGAUUCCACAGUCUCGAAAGGCCAUGUGCCAAUGUAUCAAUGGAGCCCGAGAUGAGCUGAAGUCGAAAAUCGCCUCCAUCUACAACGUACUCAACGACAAAACGAAUUCUCUGCAAUAUUUGUCCCAGGUCACAAGAGCCAACGACUGGGCUUCCGUUAUUGAUUCGGCCAUCAACACUUGUGUAAGGAAGCAGCAAGGACAGAACCUCGGCUUGGACGCAAUGCUUAACGUUGGAUGCAGAAAGGUGUUCGCUGAUACCACCGGCACUGCUACUUCUCAGAUGAAGAUAGCAUUUGACUUCAUUAACAACCUUAUCGACGCAUUGGUGGAGCGCAGUGGACGCUUCUGUGGAGAUCAGUGUGUUAAGUCUUAA